UUUUUCUGAAACUCGACCGGAAACUAAAACAGAUGGUCAGCGUGGUGAGCAUCAGGGUUGGGCUGUAACGAUUUGAGAAAUCGGGAAAAAUAUUGAUCAAAACGAGUAUUCUCUAGUCUUCAAACACGAUGGCAAAACAAGUAAGCCCGUAUGGAUCUUGGGUGAGUCCAAUUUCCAGCGAUUUGGUAAUCAAGGAAUCGCUUUCUUUACGCGAGGUCAGACUGGAUCCUCUGGACAAAGGCACAGUCUAUUGGUCUGAACUACACCCAGAAGAAGCUGGAAGAACUAUUAUAUGUAAAGUCAAAGAUGACGACAAGAAUAUAGAGGUUUUGACACCUCAAGAUUUCAACUGCCGAACCCUUGUCCAUGAGAUGGGUGGAGGUACCUUUAUAGUGUAUAACAAGAAGAUUUAUUUCUCCAACUUUGGUGAUCAGCGACUUUACUCUCAAGAGUCCAAACCAGGGUGUACGCCAGUACCCAUCACCCCUGAGGGUAAGCAGUGGAGGUAUGCUGAUGCUGAUGUGGCAUUGAAUGGAAGGGUUCUGGUGUGUGUUAGAGAAGAUCAUGAUGUUCUAAAGGAAGGAGCAGAAGAGGCCUUGAAUACUAUAGUAUCCAUUGAUUUAGAGACUCAGAAACAGAAUGUGUUGGUAUCUGGUUGCAAUUUUUAUGCCUCACCUAGAGUUUCUCAUUCAGGGAUGCUUGCCUGGUUCCAGUGGAAUCACCCCAACAUGCCUUGGGAUGAUACAGAAUUAUGGGUAGGACAGCUGAAUGAGGCAGGAGAUGGUUUUGUCGAAGGAACGAAGAAAAAGGUCAGUGGUGGUGUAGGCAUUAGUAUAUCUUCACCAAGAUGGUCCAAUGAUGGGAAACUUCUGUUCAUAAGUGACAAGAACAACUGGUGGAACCUUUAUAAGCUUGAGGAUGACGGCACAGAGACUAACCUUUGUCCUCUAGAAAAGGAACUUGGAAUACCACAUUGGAUAUUUGGUAUGAAUGCUUAUGCUUGCGAUCCGAGGCCUGGAAACAAAGAUGUAUUAGUGACAUUUGGGGAGAAUCUUUCUCUCCUGAAACCAAAUGGAGAACUGCUAAACAUUGAGACUGGAGGUACUCAACAUUCUCAAGUUGUGACAGACGGACACUCCGCUUACCUCAUCACAAGAUCUGCCACUAGAUUCCCAGCAUUGAUAAGAGUGAAUUUGGAGUCCAAAAAGGUUACUGUGCUUAAGGAGUCCUUCACAGUUCAUGUUGACCCUGAAUAUUUGAGUGUCCCAAGAGAAGUUACAUACCCAACAACAGAUGAUAAAGUAUCUCAUGGCUUUUUCUACCCUCCUAAGAAUAAAGAUUUCAAUGCUCCAGAGGGCUCACUUCCACCCCUGUUAGUGAAGGUACAUGGUGGCCCUACUUCGGCAUGUGGUCCUGCUUUGAACUUGGAGAUCCAGUUUUUUACAUCACGGGGCAUAGCUGUGCUUGAUGUUAACUACAGAGGAAGCACCACUUAUGGCCGAAAGUACAGAGAAGAAUUGAAGGGAAACUGGGGAAUAGUGGACAUGRAUGACUGUUGUAAUGGGGCGCUAUACCUUGCCAACACAACCAAAGAAGUUGACGUCAAUAAGCUUGCUAUCGAUGGGGGAUCUGCUGGGGGAUAUACCACUCUAAGUGUAUUAACAUUCCGUGAUGUCUUCAAAGCUGGGGCAAGUUUCUAUGGCAUCUCUGAUGUAGAGGCUUUGGCAAAGGACACCCACAAGUUUGAGAGUCGUUACAUUGAUACACUGAUAGGACCAUACCCAGAGGCUAAGGAUGUUUACAAGGAAAGAUCACCUAUCCAUUAUGUUGAAAAACUGAACUGCCCAAUUGCACUGUUCCAAGGGGAUGAAGACAAGAUUGUGCCACCUAACCAAGCUGAGAUGAUGUUCAAUGCCGUCAAAAACAAGGGUUUACCAGUGGCUUACAAACUCUAUAAAGGAGAGCAACAUGGCUUCAGAAAAGCAGAAAACAUCAAAAGCACCCUUGAAGGGGAGCUUUACUUCUUCUCUAAAGUUUUUGGAUUCAGUGCUCCUGGACUUACUGUCGAGCUUGAAAUCCACAAUCUGAAGUGACCUUGAAAUCAAAAUGAGGUAAUGAUGCUAUAUCUCACUGGUCAAGUUGGUUUGGUUUGUAAAACUGAAAGAAAAUCUCAUCUGUAUUAAUUUGGAAUAAUUUAGCGAUGCCAUAAGAAUAAAUUGGCAGGUAGCAAUGGCUAAUAAAGUGAGGAUCUUGCAAUAAUAUCAUAAUUUAUGAGUCAAGAGACCUGCAAAAGAAAGCAAGUACAUGCAACAUGGCCCUUUCAUCCACAGAAAAAAAAAGUGUAUUCUAGUUAAGUUAUUAAAUAAUAAAAAAUAUUUACAUACAA